AUGGCCAGUCCAUCAACUCCACCAAGCAAAUACCUUUGCCUCACUAUUUGCGGCUACCGCAAGCCUGGCAUGAGCGAAGAGGACUACCGGCACUACAUGACAAAAGUUUCGGCUCCCAUGACCAAAGACCUGAUGGUCAAGUACGGGAUCAAGCGAUGGACCAUGAUUCACAACCCUACCCAAACACGGGAACUUAUGAGUCAGCUAUUUGAUUCGCAGAUGGUUAAUUUGGCCGACUACGACUGCUUUAGUCAGGUGGUGUUUGAGAGUAUUGAAGACUAUAAACGCAUGAAGCAAGAUCCAUGGUAUAAGGAGAAGUUAUUUGGAGAUCAUGAGAACUUUGCCGAUACCAAGCGGAGCUCGUGA